UGAGUUGAAGUUGACGUUUCGUCUGUUUGCGAGGCAUUGCUAGAAAAGCGAGAGUUCUUUCUAUUUUGUUGAAGAUUUUUUUUGUUUGAAAAUUACUGUUAUAUUAUUCUAAAUAAUAGUUUUACUCAAUCAGAGGAAUUUCGCGAUGAGUGGUCCAUCCAGUCAUCCAUCUGCGAGUAGUUCAGCUGCCGGUGGAGGUGGCAGUUCAUCCGGUCCGCCCGUGUCGGUGCAGGAAUUUUCGAUCCGGGUACCAAAGAAUCUGAAGAAAAAACAUCAUGUAAUGCGUUUCAACGCUACAUUGAAUGUAGAUUUCACCCAAUGGCGUUCAGUCAAGAUGGAACGGGAGAACAAUUUGAAAGAGUUCAAGGGAUUCGACGAGGAUAUGCCUAAGUUUGGUGCUGGAUCGGAAUUUAACCGGGAUCUAAGAGAGGAAGCUCGUCGUAAGCGAUACGGUAUUAUAGCAAAAAAGUACCGACCAGAGGCCCAGCCUUGGAUUUUGAAGGCUGGUGGUAAGAAGGAUGGUAAAAAGUUCCGCGGGAUUCGAGAAGGUGGAGUGGGAGAAAAUGCUGCGUUCUACGUUUUUACACAUGCACCCGACGGUGCAAUCGAGGCUUAUCCUUUGCACGAGUGGUAUAAUUUCCAAUCGAUACAACGGUACAAAGCUCUUUCGGCAGAGGAAGCGGAGCAGGAGUUCAGUAAGAGAAAGAAGGUUAUGAACUAUUUCUCGUUGAUGUUACGGAAGCGAAUGAAGGGUGACGACGAUACGGUGGAAGAUCCUGAGGAAACGAAAGCCAAAAAAGGUGGAGCUGGAAAAGCUAAGGAUUUGAAGAUCAGUGAUAUGGACGAGUGGAUCGACUCGGAUGAUAUGAGUUCUUCGGAUGACGAUGACGAUGAAGGUAAACCGAAGGAAAAGGAUAGCGAUGACGAAGCGGACAAGAAGGCAAAAAAUAAAAAGAAAGCUCUAGCAGAGAGUAAGAAGAAGAAACGAGACGUCGAUGAAGAAGCACUGGAAGAAUCGGACGAUGGUGACGAAGAGGGCCGGGAGUUGGACUAUAUUUCUGACUCUUCGGAAAGUGAAUCAGAACCGGAAGGCAAAGCCAACAAGGAACUGAAAUCAGUCGCCGAGGAGGAUGCUCUCCGUAAAUUGCUUACUUCCGAUGAGGACUCUGAAGAUGAUGAUAAGAAAUCAGACGAAGAGGAAAAUAAAAAGGAAGAGGAAAAGAAUGCUAAAUCUAAGGAGAAAGAGAAAGAUGCCAAGGAGAAGGAAUCGAAAGAUUCUAAGAAAAAGAAGAAAAAUAAGAAGAAGAAAGCAGAAAACGACAAGAAGGACUCCUCGAGUGGUUCUAGCACGGAUAGUUCUGAUUCGGAUGGGGACAACAGCAAUUCUAAGCACAAAAAGAAACACAAGAAAGACAAGGAAGGGUUCGCGUCGAACCUGUCCAGCGCCAACAAUUCUCGAUCGGCUUCCCCGAGUAUGUCCCAGUUGGAGGCGAGCAAACGCAAGAUGGCUGGUUCUAAUAUGCCCACGGCUGAUCUGACCGGUUCGGACAACAGCAACAGUCCUAUAUCGACACCGGCAAAGAAGGCUAAAAUGGACUCGGCCCUGGCGCUUCCACCGACCUUCACUGGACUUGUUAGCUCCAACAGCAAAGACGAUUAUGGCAUAACCGAAGAAGCUGUUCGGCGUUACUUGAUGCGUAAACCGAUGACCACCACCGAGCUGUUGACCAAGUUCAAAAACAAGAAAACGGGAGUAUCGAGUGAGAAACUUGUUGAGACAAUGACGGCCAUUCUGAAGAAGAUUAAUCCGGUCAAGCAGACAAUCCAGGGGAAGAUGUAUCUCAGCAUCAAGGUGCCCAAGUGAGUGUGAGUGGGGGGUGGGCAUUCCGACGGUUCAGUGAAACACAGGAGCAAGGUUAGUCCCUUCCAAUAUAAUAUGACACCGACAGCAGCUUCUAGAGCGUAAUUUUCCUAACCGUAGUUUUAUGUUAAUUAUUUAAAACUAGUUAAGAAAUACAGAGGAUCAAAACUGCUAAA